AAACAAUGUAUAAAUGGCCUAUUAAAAUCUAGUUAACAAGCUAAUAGACUUUCUUGUCCUAAAAAGCUCGCCUGGUAAUAAAAGCAAGCGUAGCAUAUAUGUUCAUAUGAUGAAGCUCUACACGAUUUUCGAGCGUAUGAUCGAUGAGGGAGAGAUAUAAAUUAGUGGUUUUCUCAGACUUGUGUAAAGGAAUAGUUAAACUCCUGGCCGAUCAGUUGUUGGUUGCAUUCUUUAUCACCACUUAGCAGCGCUCGCUGAACGAUCCAUAGAAUAUGGAAUACUGGCUGAAGGUCUCGCUGCUGCUCUGCACUUUCGGCUUCCUUCGCGAGAUGCGGCCAUCGGAGCCGUAUGUAACCGAAUAUCUAGCCGGAGACUAUGGUAAUCUGACCACCGAGCAGGUUUACCAGAAAGUCUAUCCCUUUGGCACGUACUCGGUGCUAGCGCAAUUGGUGAUUGUGUUCCUCAUCACGGAUCUGGUGCGGUACAGGCCGGUGAUCGUUCUGUCCGCCGUUGCUGGGAUCGUGCUGUUCGCCAUGCAGAUAUGGUGCGAUACCCUGGGAAUGCUGCAGGUUGCCCAGCUCUUCUAUGGCUUCUUCACGGCCGCCGAGGUGGCCUACUACACGUACAUCUAUGCCAAAGUGGACAAGGAGCGCUAUCAGAUCGUCACCGGACACACGCGUGCGGCGAUCUUGAGCGGAAAGUUUCUGGGCGGAGUGGUGGCGCAGGUUCUGGUGUCUACCGACAGCAUGGAUUACGGGGAGCUGUACUACAUAUCACUGACCACACAGAUCAUAUCGCUGGGUGUGUCUCUGAUCUUGCCCAGCGUGCCACGUAGUCUGUAUUUCUAUGCGAAUGAUGCCAGUCGGAGUCCGACGCUUGGUGGCGACGAGAAUGAGCCAAAAUUCUCAAUGAAAAUGGCUUGUCGCCUGUUGUGGUAUCACCUGGUGUCCUCCUACUCUAACCCCAUUGUCCUGCAAUGGAGUGUGUGGUGGGCCCUGGCCAUCUGUGGUCAGAUUCAGGUGAUAUCGUACAUUCAAUUCUUGUGGAAGGAGGUGGCGCCCAAAAAUCUGAGCGUCUACAAUGGCGGUGUGGAGGCAGUGGCCACUCUCCUGGGCGCCGUAGGAGCCAUUGUGGCGGGUAUGCUCAACUCGAACAAGAGACGUAGCUUCUACAUGCUAUGCAACUCCAUUUGCGCUGCCGUUCUGGGCGCUCUCCUGCUCUUUGCCUCACAAACCACUUUCCUCUGGGUGGCAUACGUCAAUUAUAUGCUUUUCUGCGCCAUCUUCUUCUUCAUUAUCACUGUGGCAGGAGCCAUUGUGGCCGAGAAUCUGGUGGAGGACAGCUUUGGCCUCGUCUUCGGCAUCAACACUUUGGUGGGUCUCUUGUCGCAAACGAUCCUUAUCAUAAUCGUGGUGGAACCUGAUCCGGGCUUUGGCUUGGGCCUGCGAGAUCAGUAUCUAGUCAACGGAGGCUAUUUCCUCUGCUUGGGGGGAAUCUUUGGACUCUGGAUUCUCAUUGCAAAAAUACGUGCGCUUUGCAAUAAAGUGGAGUAAAUGGAAGUCCAUCAAUAAUA